AUGCGUCUUGGAUUCGCCUCAGCCCGCCGCAUCUUCGCGGUUCUGCUGGCGGCAUGGGUGCUGGCGGGCGUGUCGAUGGCGGCGUGGCUGUGCUACUCGCGGCACGCGGCGUACGAGAGCGAGCGAUGGCAGCACCUCGACACGUGGUGCUACGAGCGCGCCAAGCUCUUCGAGCAGCAAGCGCUCACCACCGUCAGCCAGAUCCGAACUUUCGCGGGGCUGGUGGCGGUGAUGGGCAAGCCGAAGAGGGACGGCGGCAAGUGGACGUGGGACAAGUGCUUCACUCGCCUGCGGUGGGACGAGUACAUCAACGAGACGGGGUAUGCCCGUCCGGGCAACACGGGCGCCAUGCUCUGCCUCUUUGUCACGGACAAGGAACGGCCUGCCUUUGAGAGGCAGUACGGCGGGCCGAUCACGGACAUGGCAGGGCAGCCGCAGCAGCGGCAGCCGCUCUAUUGCCCCAAGAUGAUCGAUCUGCACUACUACCGCUCCUCCAUCCCCCUCGUCGACCUCGUUCAGCGCAUCCCCGAUGAGCUCGCCUUCCUCCGACGCACCGCGGAGGUUGGGUAUGGCGUUGUAACGCCUGUCGGAAACCUUAGCUACAACCUCACAGGUGUUGCGGUGGGAUUCCCCAUCUUGCAGCACCCCCUCCCACCAAAACCAACGGAGCAGCAGGCAGAGGAGACGGUGAUUGGGGCGGCAGGGUCGGUUCUGGACCUCACCACCAUUGCUAGGAACGUGCUGACCAAGGUGUUCAGCCCAGACCCGUCCAUAACCUUUGAGGCGUACGACACAACAGACCCCAGUGCCCCCACCAUGAUCUACGGGCCGGGUCCAAGGCUCAUCUUUUACAAGGAGAGGGACAUCGCGCCCUUCACUGCCCCUUCACCCGACAACGUCACGCGCCCCUGGGAGCAGCGCUCUGUCGUGCCGCUUGACCUUCUGGGUGGCCGCUUGCGCCAGUACCAGGUCUGGUGCCGGUUCUCUGAGCCUCCAGACGCAUGGCAAUCGUGGGGAGUGCCCUUCCUCUGGGCCCUCCUCGCCCUCAUACUCACAGCCCUAGUAGCAGCCGUGGCCUGGCAGCAGCGAGUGGGCUACCAGCGAAGCCAAGACGGAAUAGCAGAGGCCGACCGCCUUCGAGCGAACGCGCGGGCAGCAGAGCGGUCCAAGAGUGUGUUUGUGGCGUCCAUGUCUCACGAGCUGCGCACGCCCAUGAUCGGCAUCAUGGGUUUAUUAGACGCCCUGGCAGACAUGGGGCUGAGCGGGGCUCAGCUGGCGGAUGUGGGGCAGGCGAGGGCGUCGGCGGAAGACACGGUGCGGCUGGUGAACCGCGUGCUCGACCUGUCCAAGCUGGACGCAAAGAAGAUGGGGCUGUGCUGUGGGGCAUUCAACCCCCGCACCUGGCUGGAGACUGUCGUCCGGGAGAGCUACUGGCGGGCUCGCCAGAAGGGGAUUGAAUUGGUGGGAGUGGUGGAUGUGAACGUGCCUGAGGAGUUGGAGGUAGAUGCCAUGCGACUCACACAGGCACUGCAAGAACUAGUAGUUCACGGGUGGGGCCCACAACUCACAGUUUCAGCUUGGCUGUGGGCGGCUGAGGGAGUGAAUGGGGUCAACAGGGGGGAUGGAGGAGAGGGGGAUUCGGAGGAGGGCUGGGCCGGCGGUGGGGGGAUGCAGCGGCGGGAAAGUGGGUGCAGCGGUGGUGGGAGUGCGGGGAGUGGAGGGAUGCUCCUGGUGGUGUCGUGUGAAGAUACUGGGUGUGGCAUUGGGGAGGAGAAACAGAAAGGGCUGUUUGAGUUGCAGGUGAGAAAGCAUGGAAGAUCGCUACCUGUGGAGGAGAAGCAGGACUGGCUGUUUGAGCUGCAGGUGAGGAACUGGGGAGGGGAUGAAUCAUGUCUAGCUGUAGGUGAGGUGGAGGAGCGAGUGGGUGAGACGGAGAGGAUGCAGGUGGUGGUGGUUGUGUCGUGUGAAGAUAGUGGGUGUGGUAUCGAAGAGGAGAAGCAGGAAGAGCUGUUUGAGUUGCAGGUGACCCUCAUGGGCGGGCAUGUGGCCUGCCUGUCUCAUCCCGGCACCGGCUCAACCUUUGCCUUCUCCCUCACCUUCUCCUUGGCUCAGUCGCCCCCCGCCGCACCCUCUCGCAUCACCCAUCCUCCGGUUUCUCAAGCACCUGAUGCUCACUUCCCUUCUCCCCUCACUGGCUGUUUGGACGGAGUGGCAGUGGGUGUGAUGGCGUCUGAUAGAGUCAAGAGGGAGCUCACAGAGGCGAUGGGGGAUGGGUAUGAGGGGGUGGAAGAGGUUGUGGAGGGAGAGAAGGUAGAGGAAGGGGAGGGAGAGGAGGUGGAGGGAGAGGAGGUGGAGGGAGAGGAGGUGGAGGGAGAGGAGGCGGAGGGAGAGGAGGUGGAGGGGCACAGAAGUGGGGAAGAGGGGAAAGAGAAGCAAGGUGGUGAGAGUGUGGGAGGGAGAAGAGCACGAGGAGGUUAUCAACUGCACUCGCAGAUGCAAGAGGUGACUUUUGAGUCGACUCAGAAGUCACCUCAGAGAAGAGCACGAGGAGGUGAUCAACUGCACUUGCAGAUGCAACGAUCAUCAGCUACAGCUGCUAUUGCUACUCCCUCCUCCGCGGAGCCUACCUUUGCCUCUGCUCCUUCCUCUGCUCCUUCCGCUGCUCCUUCCUCUGCUCCUUCCGCUGCUCCUUCCUCUGCUCCUUCCGCUGCUCCUUCCUCUGCUCCUUCCGCUGCUCCUUCCGCUGCUCCUUCCGCUGCUCCUUCCUCUGCUCCUUCCGCUGCUCCUUCCUCUGCUCCUUCCGCUGCUCCUUCCGCUGCUCCUUCCUCUGCUCCUUCCGCUGCUCCUUCCGCUGCUCCUUCCUCUGCUCCUUCCUCUGCUCCUUCCGCUGCUCCUUCCGCUGCUCCUUCCUCUGCUCCUUCUGGUGCUCCUUCCUCUGCUCCUUCCGCUGCUCCUUCCUCUGCUCCUUCCGCUGCUCCUUCCUCUGCUCCUUCCGCUGCUCCUUCCUCUGCUCCUUCCGCUGCUCCUUCCUCUGCUCCUUCCGCUGCUCCUUCCGCUGCUCCUUCCUCUGCUCCUUCCGCUGCUCCUUCCUCUGCUCCUUCCGCUGCUCCUUCCUCUGCUCCUUCCGCUGCUCCUUCCUCUGCUCCUCCCGCUGCUCCUUCCGCUGCUCCUUCCGCUGCUCCUUCCGCUGCUCCUUCCGCUGCUCCUUCCGCUGCUCCUUCCGCUGCUCCUUCCGCUGCUCCUUCCGCUGCUCCUUCCGCUGCUCCUUCCGCUGCUCCUUCCGCUGCUCCUUCCACUGCUCCUUCCGCUGCUCCUGCCUCUGCUGCCAUCUCUCCUCGGGUGGUCAUCUUUCGCCGCCCGCUGCUCUCUCACCAUUUGCACCAAGCUGUUCAGAGCCCCGGUUACCCUUCUCUCCCUCUGCCGUUCUGGUUUCAACGCCCUCUCUACUCUUGGCACUCCCUUACAUCCUUUCCAUCCCACCAAUGCCCUUCCUGUGCCCCUCCAUGGCCCUCCCAUGCCCCUCCUAUCCCUGACCAUCGCUGUUCAAUCCAGAUGGCAGCAUUUGGACAGGGCAGUGAGGAGGAUCAGCAGAGGGAGAGAGAGCAGCAGAGGGACAGCACACAGCAGGGGAGUAGUGCACUGGAUGCUGCGAUCUUGAGUAACGGGUACAACAGGGUUACCAGGAUGAGCAAUGGAGAGGCACUGGGAGCCCUGCAGAAGGGCAGUGAGGUGCUGCAAGGGAGUGGGAGAUCACAGCCAGGCAAGGGAGGCAAGGGUUUGAGUGCGGUGCAGCAGGGUGCGGGGGUGCAGAAGGGUGGGGGGUUGCUACAGGGGUUGAGCGUGCUGGUGGUGGACGAUGCUUUGGUGAAUCUGCUGGUGGCGCGCCGCACUCUCGCUCGCAGCGGCGCCACCGUCGCCACCGCUGCCAGCGGGGAGGAGGCGCUGCGGCGAGUCAAGCAGCAUGCUCUGGGGGACACUGCAGCGGCAGCGGACGCAUGUGUGGAUGUGGUGCUCAUGGACCUGCAGAUGCCCCUCAUGGACGGCUUUGCUGCAACAGAGGCCAUACGCGCACAUGAGACCGCCAUGUCGCUUCGAUCUGCGUCAGCAGCAGAAGCAUCAGUAGCAGAAAAUUCAGAAUGGGGCAAUGGCGCUGUUCCCCCAGUCCCCUCCGUGCCUCGGCUCCUCAUUGUGGCGCUCACAGCCGAUGUGGAUGAUGAGAUCUCUCAGAGCUGCCUUGCGAGUGGCUUUGAUGGCGUUCUGCAGAAGCCUGUCGACCCGAAGCUGCUCUCACAGCUGCUAAAGCGCAUUAAUCACCAACGCGGAUUGGGACACCGCAUUGGCGCUUCAACAUUUAUCAGUAGUGGUGGCAACAGAGCGGUCAUGCUAGCGCUUCGGCGUCUCAUUGCGACACGUGGCAGCUCGGCGGCAGCCGUAGUAGUCUCGAAGCAGCUGAGAGAAGCGUGUCGCGGAUUUAGAAAUGGGAGCGACGCGUUCUGGCAAGACAUAGCGAGUCGAUCCAAGGACACUGCCGCGCCCUCCGAACGUCAUCUGGUGGUAACAGCUUCGGGCCCGGACAGGCUGGGCAUCGUGUCGACGCUGGCGAAGCGGAUUCUGGAGUGCGGCGGGAACGUGGAGGAGAGCCGCAUGGCGCGGCUGGCGGGGGACUUCUCCAUCAUCAUGCUCAUCCGCGUCGACGCCACGUCGCCACGGAUAGCGGAGGACCUUCGGCUGAAGCUGCUGGAAGUUCAAGGGUUGCAGGUAAGCACGCGGUGGACGGUGGACGAGCGCAGUGAGGAGACGGCACCAAAGCGCAAGUUCCGGCGGCUGGUGCUGCGAGGAGCCGACAACCCCGGGCUCGUGUACAAUGUGACUGAGUACUUGUCUUCCAAGAACAUCAACAUUGAAAACCUGGAGACGUUCACAGAAGAGGCGCCAUUUGGAGGCACCAUGCUGUUCCUGAUGGAGGGGGUCAUCGCCAUGCCCAUCCGCCUGCCCACACGGCAGUUGGAGCGGCAGCUGGACGCGUUGCAGCAGUCGCUGGGCGUGCAGAUAGAGCUGCUGAACCUGGACCCGAAAGACAUGGUGGAGGACUGGAGGGUGUGGCAGCAAACCAUGGCACGAGCAUGGGGGCUACCAAAGUACAGCUCACUAGCAGCAGCCAAACCACCACCGCCUUUCCAGAUCUGA